CAAUGUAAUACCAAUUGACUACUUCAAAUAGGUGAUCAUUUUCAGAUGCGCAGAAUGAAAAUGGCCUUUGGAUGAUUCCGAAGUCUAAUGAUUCUCCUUCUCAGCCAUUAAAUGUUUCUUUUUAUAAAAUUUUAUACUGAUAUUUUUUGGGCCUGUGAAUUCCAAUUAGCUACUUUUUUUUAUUUUUUAUAAUAAACCUUUUUAAAAAUCCUCUCUUUUGAUUAACUUGAAAUAUGAGAAGUGUUUCCAGUUUAAGAACUUUCACAGAUGGAGGUUGUUUAGAGUGCAGGCUGAGCGAGGAAGGAGAAACAUUUACUUUUUAAGCCAUGACAAUUUUGAUUCCAUCUCGUCGCCCGUCUUUGCCGCCGGGCCGCCUGAAAGCUGGGGCAAAUCCACACUACAGCUUGUAUAAGCAGAUUAUCGGCAUUAAAAUAUGUCCGUCUAAGAUAAAAUACGAGUGGUGGCGUUUGAGAGCAUGGAGAGGGGAGUGGAAAGAAUUCGAGGACGCAGUGCAGGAGAAAGAACUCACACGAGCUCUCCGACUUUUGGAAUCUCUUGAGUACGAGGAUUUAGAAUUGAAUAAUGUUGGAAGCUCUCCCUCAAGAAAUUGGGAGAUUCUCGACACCUGCUUGAAUUGCCAAGACAUGGAGUUAGUGGCACGAAGCUUCCAAUUUCUUUACGACCGAGGAUUUCUUCCCAACUUUGGAAAAUUUAAGAAUACAGGAGUUAUUCUGGAUCUGGCAGGUGGGCUCUCCUUCAGCUCUUCCAGGAUUGCGUAUGAAGUUAUUAAAGGUGCAAGAAAUGUGACACCUGCAGUUCUGAAGGAUUUAACUGGAGUGGAAGCAUCUAAAUUUGCACCCAAAAAAUGGGGCAUUUCUGGCAGCUCUACGUUAGUUUCAUUGGCUUCUUUGGCUGGAAUUUCUUUCUUAGUGAACAAUGGGAUAGACAUCAGACCAAAGCUAGCAAUUAUCUUGGGCCUUGGGGUAUUUGAUGCUGUAUACCUUGGUGGUUCACUUCUUGCUCAAAUUUUGAGUAUUUGGCCUCCUUAUAAGCGACGUAUCAUCGUUCAUGAAGCAGGGCACCUUCUUAUAGGAAAGGAGCAGCUUGUGCAAAACCCCUCAGGUGAAGGAUAUGAUGCAACAGAGUCAGAUAUUCUGAGGAUUCUGAGAGACAAUCUCCAGCAUGCACAGAAUCAGCAGAAGUUGUAUGCUGAUCAACAGCGAAUUGAGCACACCUUUGAGUUGGGCAACAUGGUUUACUUGAGGCUCCAGCCUUAUAGACAGUCUACUCUCAAGAAGAGUGGGGUUGAGAAAUUGAAUCCACGAUUCUAUAGGCCUUUUAGAGUCAACAAGAGAAUUGGAGAAGUGGCAUAUGAGCUGGAAUUACCGGCAAGCAGCAGGAUUCAUAAUGUAUUUCAUAUGUCACGCCUCAAGAAGGCUUUGGGACACAACGUUGUUGCUUUAGCUGAGUUACCCCCACUUGAUGAGGAGGGAGAGAUAGUUUUGGUUCCUGAAGCUAUCCUUGAUUUCAGGGAACGUUCUUUGAGGAGAAGGGAAUUUUCCCUUUUGCUGCGCAUCCAUUCGUGCCAUGUAUCCUCUUCUGGUUUGCUGGCGGAUCACCAUUUAUCUUUCAGCCAAACUUCCUCCUUCGGUGAACUGCUUGCGUGUUUUAUUGAUUCUGUAAUUUCAUCGAUACCUUUUGUUUUCGAUGGGACCGCUGCUGAUUUCUUCGAUGAACCUCAUGUCGAUGAAACUGCCGCUUUCGGUGAGUCUUUUUUGAAAUCCAUCGCAACCUAA